CCCUGCCCCGCCGCGCGCGGCCCUCGAAUCUCGCGUUGUCAAGGCCCGGGUGGUCUAGGCUUCUUGAGGUAAUGCCCCGGAGGGCGGGGAACGUGGAGGAGGCCGAGGCGGGUGCAGAGGAAGCGGGCGCUGAGGAGUACGGCCCCGAAGAGUACGGCCACGACGAGGCGGCCGCGGAGGAUUCCGGCCCGGAAGAGUCCGACCCAGAGGAACCCGGCGCGGAGGACGAGAUGGAGGCCGGGCGGCCGCGGCCAGUGCUGCGCUCGGUGAACUCACGCGAGCCGUCCCAGGUCAUCUUCUGCAACCGCAGCCCGCGCGUGGUGCUGCCCGUGUGGCUCAACUUCGACGGCGAGCCGCAGCCCUACCCCACGCUGCCGCCCGGCACGGGCCGCCGCAUCCAUAGCUACCGAGGUAGGCGGGCCGCACCGUCAGCUUUGUCCUGGCGCGCUUGAGCGCCUACCCGUCGGUGCUGAGCUGAGCCCAGUGCGCUGCCCAGCGCUCUAGGCCUGAUAGCAGCAGAAACUGUGACACGAACUCACCGAAUCUCUUCCACCAUCCCGGGAGGCAGGUGCUGUUGUCAUUAUCCCCACUUACGCUUGAAGAACUGAGGGAGGCCCCAGAGAGGUAGUGACAAAUCCAAGUUGACGCUGCUAUUAAGUGGCAGAACAUUAUUUAUAAGACUGAAUAGACUAAUUGAUAGUGGCUUUCCCCCAACCCCCACCCAUGUAUAUCACCCCUAAAAGAAGUGCUCCAUCCUUAAUGCCCAUUUGUUCAGUCAGUGAAUGAGAGAAUCUCUCAUUCUCCGAUGUCCCCAGUGGGCCAGGUUCGUGUAGGCAGAACAUAGUCCCGUAGAGAGACGAAUGCAUAAAUAGAUGAGAACAAGUCAAUGUCAAAAU